GAAGAAAGAAGUCCUCCUCAGCAUACAGCUAUUUUCCUUGCGCAAGUCUUCUCUUCCCUUGCCACCUUAAUCUUUUUAAUUCCCUUUUUGUAUAUAUCCGCCAUUCUAAAAAUCAUGUCUACAAACAUCGGAGUGUCCUCCUGCUGUCUAUCGGGCAAAUUGCACGAAGGCACACCCACAGGAAGAAUCGAAGUAAUCAAUGAUCUCUCCACCUACAUCGCAGAGCCCCAAGAUGGCUCGAAAGCCAAAACCAUCAUCUUUCUCGUCGACAUCUUCGGCUACGAAUUCAAAAACGUCCGGCUCCUAGCCGACAACUACGCCAAAGCCGGGUUUUACGUCUACAUCCCGGACGUGCAUCAGGGAAACAGUAUUCCGCUAUCCUUUCUGCAGAGCGUGGAGCCGCCUCUGCAAAUCCGAGAGCAACAGUCGCUUGUGGAGAGAACCAAAGCUACGGGCGUGGUGGCUACCACGUUACCGCCUUGGCUCGUCAGACAUCGCGAGGGUGUCACAAAGCCGCUGGUUUCCUCCUUUAUUGCGCAUAUCCGCGGUGUGCCCGGGACGGGAAAGGUGGGCGCGUUGGGAUUCUGCUGGGGAGGAAGAUAUGCGAUAUUGGCUGCGCAUGGAGAGGUUGAUGCGGCGGUGGCGUGUCACCCGUCGUUGGUUUCUGUGCCUGCGGAUUUCGAGCGCGUGACGAAACCGUUGAGUUUGGCGGUGGGGGAUCAGGAUAGUUUGUUGGAUCGGGGAACUGUGGGGCAGAUUCAAGAUUUGAUGGCCAAGAAGACGGAGUUGCCGCAUGAGUUGAGGAUCUACGAGGGGCAGAUUCAUGGGUUUGCCUUGAGGAGUGAUUGGGGUUCGGAUAGGGAUAAGAAGGCUAUGGAUGAUUGUGAGGAGCAGGGCAUGGAUUGGUUUAACAAGUAUCUUGCGUAGUGCAAGCUGGACUUCACGAUAUCUAGGGAUGUACGGCUGGACUAUUGAGAGAUUGUUAUCGAGGAUUUAAUGUAUGUAUACAAUUUUAAUAAGAAACGAAGCUAUUUACAAGAAGAAGCAGCUCUGGGCAAUCCACAUGCUAUCUUCGGUAGGUACAUGAAAGACACGGAAUUUAAACGACUCGAAUUUCCA